AUGUUUGUACCUCCAAGUACAAGUAAACCGUUUGUACCUCCAAGUACAAGUAAACCGUUUGUACCUCCAAGUACAAGUAACCCGUUUGUACCUCCAAGUACAAGUAACCCGUUUGUACCUUUAAGUACAAGAAAACUGUUUUUACCUCCAAGUACAAGUAAACCGUUUGUACCUCCAAGUACAAGUAACCCGUUUGUACCUCUAAGUACAAGUAAACCAAUUGUACCUCCAAGUAUAAGUAAACCGUCUGUACCUCCAAGUACAAGUAACCCGUUUGUACCUCCAAGUACAAGUAAGCCGUUUGUACCUUCAAGUACAAGUAACCCGUUUGUACCUCCAAGUACAAGUAAACCGUUUGUUUCUCCAAUUACAAGUAAACCGUUUGUACCUCCAAGUACAAGUAAACCGUUUGUACCUCCAAGUACAAGUAAACUGUUUGUAUCUCCAAGUACAAGUGAUCCGUUUGUACCUCCAAGUACAAAGCCGCCAAAAUGUUUCACCAUAAUCAAACUUAACUACCAGCAGAGGAAGGCCGUUGGGAAACCAAAGAGUUGA